AUUUACUAUUAAAAUCUAAAUUCUAAACCCUAAUUUUUCCAUUUACAGGCUCACUUCACGCGCGACGCCUCCGCCGCAGCGCCCUCCUCCCCAUCGUUCUUCCUCCGCCUUGCGUCGUUUCUUCUCUUAUUUUCUCACCGAAUCCUGAGAUCGACCAAAUGGCAGGGUUCAGCAGCUUAUCUCCAAGGAUGAAAAACUUCAUCGUCGCAGGUGGGUUGUCUGGUUUCGUCGUCGGCGUUUACUUCUACACCAUGAGAGCAGUCAGUAGCACGGACGAACUCCAAGUCGCAAUUGAUAAGUUCGAGCAAAUGAAGGGCAAAAAUGAGUCUGGAGAGUCAUCUACCAGUUCCUAAAUCAUGGUAGAUUGUGUAUGCUUUCCAAGAAAUCUCCCUAGUGAAACAAUGUAGCAAAACACUGCUUAUGAUCUAGUUUACUGAUACUCAACCGUGUGUCGAGAAUCUCCAAUAAUGGAACUGUUUCACAUUCAUCUUCUAGAUUAGAAAAAUUCUCA